UUCCGUGACGUCACGUCGGCUCCACCAUGUUGUAGGAAAUCCACCGCUGCUCCUCACUCACUGUCAGAUUAGAGUUUAAUCCGAGGGGAGGAUACACUGUCAAGACGCUGUCUGCAUCUUGGAAGGACUCUCGCUGUUUAUGCAUCCGAAGUAAACGCGACUUUUACCUGAAACUGCUUUUUUUUUUUUCCUACAACAACCGGCCUGCAAGUAGAAGAUGAAACACCAGUUUUCCUUUGCUGUCUUUGUCAGUCAAUCCGUGAACAUGUUAGCUGGCUAACUAGCUGGAAAAGAGUAACUAAAGCGGAUUAUGUGAUAACGGCAGCUCCAUCUCGCUAAUAUCCACUAUUAUUAGCUCUAACGGGACUUGGCAACUAUUCCACAGCAAACAGUCGCCUUUGUUAUUUUUUUUUUUUGGUGUUUAUUACAUUUCUCAUUUUUUUAACAUUACGUGAACGCACCACUUUAUGCUGUAAAUAUUCGCGAGCGUUAAUGUCGCUGCAGGCCAGCUAGGUUAUUAUUAUCCAGUCAAACCGCAACAAGAGCUCUGCAGCUUGUGAUUUUUUACGGUUUGUUGGAAAAAAAAAAAAAAAAAGCAAACAUAAUAUUAGGCUAGGCUGAUGUGCUAGCUUGUCUUUUUGGGCCAGCUGGCAAGAGAGCUGUAGAAAGAUUUCCCCCUGAAAUUAAUUAACCCUGAGAUAAAAAGCAAAGAUGUCAGGAAAGGAUAAAGACAAAGACAAACAGGAGAAACAGUCCACGACGGAGCGGCUGGUUAAAGCUGUGCCAUACCCUCCACAACACAAGAUGACUGUAAAAGAACUAUAUGAAGAUGGCAAACCCAAGGCUGAGCUGCUCCGCAACCACCUGGUGAAAGAGGGCCGGGUGGAAGAGGACGUGGCUCUAAAGAUCAUCAAUGAUGGGGCCAACAUCCUCCGCCAGGAGAAGUGCAUGCUGGAAGUAGAUGCUCCUAUAACAGUAUGCGGUGAUGUCCAUGGACAAUUCUUUGACCUUAUGAAGUUGUUUGAAGUGGGGGGAUCCCCCAGCACCACGCGGUAUCUCUUCCUCGGUGACUACGUAGAUCGAGGAUACUUCAGUAUUGAGUGUGUUCUCUACCUCUGGUCGCUCAAGAUCAACCACCCCAACACACUCUUCCUCCUGCGUGGGAACCACGAGUGCCGACACCUUACAGAGUACUUCACCUUCAAACAGGAAUGUAAAAUUAAAUACUCUGAACGGGUGUAUGACGCCUGUAUGGAGGCCUUCGACUGCCUGCCCCUCGCUGCCCUGCUUAACCAACAGUUCCUAUGUGUGCAUGGUGGACUCUCACCAGAAAUCAACUGCCUAGACGAUAUAAGGAAAUUAGACAGGUUUAAAGAGCCUCCAGCAUUUGGGCCAAUGUGUGACCUGAUUUGGGCUGACCCUGGUGAGGACUACGGCAGUGAAAAGACAAAUGAACACUUCAACCAUAACUCUGUCAGAGGCUGCUCUUACUUUUUCAGUUACUCAGCAGUCUGUGACUUCUUGGUAAACAAUAACUUGCUGUCAGUAAUAAGAGCCCAUGAAGCACAGGAUGCAGGGUAUCGGAUGUACAGAAAAAGCCAGACCACAGGCUUCCCUUCUUUAAUCACAAUCUUUUCAGCUCCAAAUUACCUAGACGUCUACAACAACAAAGCUGCUGUAUUAAAAUAUGAAAACAACGUCAUGAACAUCCGACAGUUCAACUGCUCCCCCCACCCUUACUGGCUGCCCAACUUCAUGGAUGUCUUCACGUGGUCUUUGCCUUUUGUUGGAGAGAAAGUGACGGAGAUGCUGGUGAAUGUACUGAACAUCUGCUCUGACGAUGAGCUCAUGUCAGAGGUAGAUGACCUGUAUGAAGGUGGAACAUCAGCGAUGCGUAAGGAAGUUAUCCGGAACAAGAUCCGCGCUGUGGGGAAGAUGGCUCGAGUCUUCUCCGUCCUCAGGGAGGAAAGCGAGAAUGUGUUAACACUCAAAGGCCUCACCCCAACUGGAACUCUUCCUGUGGGAGUGUUGUCAGGGGGAAAGCAGACCUUACAGACUGCUACGAUUGAGGCAGCUAAAGCAAAAGCCAUUCAAGGCUUCUCUCCCACGAGGAAGAUCCGUAACUUCGAGGAGGCUCGUGGCCUGGACCGGAUAAACGAGAGGAUGCCACCGCGCAAAGACGGCAAGCAGCCAGACGGCACCACCAUCAACACCAACACCCCCAACAAGAACGGCACCGACGGAUAGGCAACAGAACCAGCAGCCUCCCAUCUUCACACAGCCCACAUCCCCUGACUCAUCACCCCGACCGACCACUCACUCUCUGUCUGUCUCUCUCUACUCAAACUGCCUGUCCAUCUUCUGCUAGCUCGCCGUCGGGCGGCUAAAAGAAACGGACACAUUGGUAGAUAAAUACAAAAAGGAGGCCACGGCACUGGGAACAGUCCAGCUGCUGAAAAAACAUGUUCUAUCUGGGGAAAAAUCAUUUAUUUAAGGUAUAUUAAAUAUAUUAGAUAUAUUGUUUAAUAGGAACAAAUCAUUCAAUGAAGACAUUUUGCUCAAAUGUAUACUAUACACUUAACUUAUAUGUGAAAAUUAUAAAAAUGAAAAAAAAACAGAAGAUGAUUUUAUAAAUUUGAGUCGAUGCAGAUAGAUGAAGCCUCUGUUAUCCAUGAGUUUUAGU